AAGAAAUAUGGCUUCUUUUGCAUUCUUCAGCAGAUUAUUAUCGUUCAUGGCGCUGCUAAUAAUUGCGCCACCACUUCCCGCCGCCGCGCAGUCCUCCUCCGGCAACGUGACUCUGGGUUCAUCCCUAGUUGCUGACAGUUUGAACUCCACAUGGAAAUCACCUUCCGGCGAAUUCGCUUUCGGAUUCCGGCAAGUUUCCCCCGGAGGCUACUUGGUCGCCAUCUGGUUCGACGAAAUGCCUGAGAGAACCAUUAUUUGGUCGGCCAACCGUAACAAUCUAGUCCAACAAGCAUCAACAAUCCAACUCUUUUCCGAUGGCAGAUUCGAACUCAACGAUCCAACCGGCCGGAGGAUCUGGGCUGCUGGUUUAACCACCUCCGGCGUGGCCUACGCCGCCAUGCUCGACAGCGGCGACUUCGUGCUCGCAGCCAAUUCCUCAGCCGUUAUGUGGCGGAGUUUCGACGAUCCAACCGACACAUUAUUACCAUCACAGAUAUUCAACCAAGACAGCAAUUUGAUCGCCGCAUUUUCCGAUACGAACCAUUCCAGCGGAAGAUUCCAGCUUGGACUCCAAACCGACGGAAAUCUUGUCCUUUACACGAGAAACUUCCCGAUGGGCAAUAUCAUCUCUGCAUAUUGGUCUUCACAAACUCCAGGCGACGGGUUUCAGUUAAUAUUCAACCAAUCGGGAUAUAUAUAUCUCACCGCAAGAAACGGAACUAUGCUCAAUACGCUGUCGUCGAACGGAGCUUCAGCGAGCCUAUUCCACCAGAGAUUGACGCUGGACUACGAUGGAGUACUUAGGCAUUACGUCUACCCCAAGUCUGCUAAUUCGACAGGUACGAGGCCAAUGGCGUGGUCCGUUAACGAGUUCUUGCCAUCGAAUUUAUGCCUCAGCAUUAGGCAAGAUAGAGGUGGAGGUGCUUGCGGUUUUAACAGUCUUUGCUCAUUAGGAACCGAUCAGAGGCCUAAAUGUGUCUGCCCUACCGGCUACUCCCUCUUGGACCCGAACGACCGUUUGAGCGGUUGCAAACAAGACUUCGUUCCGCAGAGCUGUAAUCAAGAAUCAAACGAUACCGAUCAUUAUAGCUUCAGCGACAUGCCUCGCGUAAACUGGCCUCUUUCGGACUACGCUAGUUUCGGACCGGUUUCUGAGGAUUGGUGUAGACAGGAUUGUCUUAACGAUUGUUUCUGUUCUGUUGCGAUUUAUGGGAGUAACGGAGUUUGUUGGAAGAAGAGAAGCCCUCUCUCAAAUGGGGUUAUCGAUCCUUCCGUAGGAGGGAAGGCUUUGGUGAAGAUAAGGAAAAACGACACCACCACCACCACUGCGGAGAACCCUUUUGAAAGAAAGAGUAGUAACCGGUCCGCUUUGAUUGUAACGGGUUCCGUUUUGUUGGGGAGUUCGGUUUUUCUGAACUUGCUCCUUCUUUCGUCUGCACUUUUCUUCGUGUUUCGUUUCAAGGGAAGAAAAUCGAAGACGGCUAUCCGAGCGCAUAAUACAGUUCCUCCAGGAGUAGUGAGCAUAAGAAGCUUCGGUUUUGAUGAGCUAAAAGAAGCUACAAAUGGAUUCAACGAAGAAAUAGGCAGCGGUGCUUGGUCGACAGUGUACAAAGGGACCCUCAAGGAGGGCGAAAACGUAAUAUUUGUUGCCGUGAAAAAGCCGCACAAGAUCGCCGAAGAAGCUGAUCAAGAAUUCAAAGCCGAGGUGAGCUCAAUCAGCAGGACAAACCACAAGAACCUCGUGCAGCUCCUAGGGUACUGCGAUGAGGGGCAAAACCGUCUUUUGGUUUACGAGUACAUGCCCAACGGCUCUCUAGCCGAAUUCCUAUUCGAAAAUCCAUCACCGCCCAAUUGGUACAGAAGAGUGCAGAUAGCAUUCGCAACAGCAAGAGGGCUUUGCUAUUUGCACGAAGAGUGCACCAUGCAAAUCAUACACUGCGAUAUCAAACCUCAAAAUGUGCUUCUUGACGGGUCCCACGUGGCUAAAAUAUCCGAUUUCGGGUUAGCAAAACUACUAAGAGCAGAUCAAACAAGAACCAAUACAGGCAUAAGAGGGACUAGAGGAUAUGUGGCGCCCGAGUGGUUUCGUAACAUGCCGAUUACGGCGAAAGUGGAUGUAUAUAGUUAUGGCAUUUUGUUGCUCGAGUUAUUGUGCUGUCGGAAGAAUUUUUUGCCGGAUGUCGAAGAUGAGAAUGUGGUGGUUCUUGCUGACUGGGCGUACGAUUGUUACAGAGGAGGGGCAAUUCGAUCAUUAGCGGCGGAUGAUGAGGUGGCAGUCGAUGAUUUGAAACUGUUCGAGAAAUUUGUGAUGGUUGCAAUUUGGUGUGUGCAGGAGGAUCCAGCAUUGAGGCCUCAUAUGAAGAGGGUGAUGCAUAUGCUUGAAGGUUCAGUUGAAGUUCCAGCUCCUCCAGAUCCUACAUCUUUUGUUACUUAGGCUUUUUAAUUUUUGUUUUCUGUUUUUAAAUGUUGUAUUUGUGUGUCUUUGCAUUGAAUAAAGCUAUUGGAUUCUAAUUUGUAUUUAUAUACCAAUGUUUUAGCAUUAUCAAUCUCAAAUUGUUUUUACCUUUUGGUCUAAAGAAUCUUCAACUUAUCUUAUGCUGCAUUUGGAUGAGUUUGCAUCGUUCGAUCUCAAAUUCAUAAUAACAAAUCAAUAAGCAUUUGAUCUCAAAUUCAUAAAAUCUCCCCUUGUGUUAAAUUUGUAUCAACAAUGUUAACAUUGUUGCUAAAACUUCUCGACGUUUAUGUUUCAUUUUUAUCCGGGCAGGAUUGACCUAUGCAGCUCGUUAAGAAGAAAAUCCAAUUUACUUAAGGUCCAAACGCUAAUGAGGUUGUCACUAGCCCCACCACCCUUUCUAGAAGGGAAUGGGCGGCUGACAGAUGUGACUAGCUUUGCGGUUGAAGUGACAACAAUGAUAGAAAGGUCUACAGUGACAAGUACCGGAGAACCACACACGUGGGACCAAAGAGUGAGGUAGGGCUUGUAGCAAGCCAUUCUCCCUUAUUAACGAGCUCUCUCUUCAAGAACGAGCUCCCAUCCCAUAUAGCCAGGAGAGCUCGUCAGAGGUCGUAGCCCACAGUCAAUAGCAUGCGCCCCAAAGCGGGAGCUCGCUGAUGACAUGUCAAAAAACCGGAAGAUCACAUCACCCCCACUAGAUAUCAUGGCCAUAAUGUGACAGCGUGACCCACCGCUUUACCUAAAUGACAUGUAUAAACAACAGUCUAAGGUUACAUGAAUAGACACAUAUACUCUUACCAUUAUCAUAUAUUUCUUCCUCUCUUUGAACACCCAACUAACUUGAUUGUCAGAGUGCAAACGUCGGGAGACUCUUUCCGAUACUCCCUUUUUGCAUGUCUUUUAGACUUGACUUGGCUUUCUUCUUCGGGCCUUCCUUAAGCAGUUCCCCAACCAUUUGCA